UCGGCGACUAGUCGGCAAAAUGAGCCGAAUAGUCGGCUGCCUAGAUCUUCCAAAAAAAUAAGGAAAUAAAAUAAAAAACCACCAUACUCGAAGUGUUUGCCGAUUGGUACCAGUCCACCUCACGAAAUAAGUACUUGGCAUUGAUUACUUUACUUGAAUCACCUUCAACAUCGUCAAAAAAUGUCCACACGCGUGAUUUUCUUUUAGACAUAAUGUUUAUAAAGAUCACUACUUGUUUAGUUAAACUUUUAAACAACAAUUACGAUUCGUUUUGUAUGUUUUUCUAAUAAUAACACACCGGAGCAACAAGUGAAUCGGAAAGGUAAACAAAACUAGUCAAAAUAUGAAAACGCAACCACGUGCGGCAGCGAAUCAGGCGACCCGAACGUUCCCGAUUACGCCCGAACUUAGGCAAAGACCAUAGUCGGCUACGCCGACUAGUCGGCCACCUGACUGCCGACUAGUCGGCUAGUCGGCCAAAACCGUAGUCGGCACAUCUCUAGAUUUAAGCCUUUAUAGGACAAGAGGAAUAUAUUUAACACAAUGAUGAAGAACUUUAUUUCAAAGCGAUAGGGUUCAAUUUAGCGUAAUUUCUGACACCCUUCUGUUUUUUGAUGCCCGUUAAAGGGUUAAGCCCUAAAAAUCCCCUUGCCCAACUUAAGUAUAACUGUCAUUGUACCGGCUUGUUGCGAAAGAUAUUGCCAUCUGUCCUUGUUAACCCAGAGGGAAAAGUUGAAAACUAAGCCUUAUUGGUAUUAGUCCAUUAAUUUUCUUCACGAUGUUUUCCUUCAUUUAUCCUUCCCUUGUCGCGAAAUGGUGUACUUUUCUUGCCUUAGCUCACUUCGUGGUUUGUUAUUGGAUUGUGUUGCAUUGCACGGUAGUACUAUUAGUUAUUCUGUGGCAUUGCGUCCUACAUUACUUUCUUUAGACCACUGUUGACAUACUUUGGAAGGAGCGGCAACAGCGCAAUGGGCCGAGAGCUGGUAGACGUUUUGGAGUAGGUUCUUGCGGCAAGCUGAAAAUUGGUUUGAUACUGCUCCUAUCAUUCCCUUUUACUCAGCACUGUAGCGGAGGUAAAUCAACACUUAUAUUUUUUAAGAUAUUUUUGGCCCUAAAAAUGAUCUUGAGGCAAUCUGUAAAAAAAAUAUCUAAAUCUAAAUAAGUAGUCAUAAAAAACAGAACAUUUUGUUGAAUCCUUAGUGCCAAUUAAAUCCACACUUUAUCAGCCCUGAUAUCAGGCCCGACGGCGGGCCCUAGCAAGAGUAUUUUUUCAUUUCACCAAAUAUCGGCACAUCAUUUACUAUAUUUGGAAUGUAAAAAAAAAAUGGUUCAUCAUAUGCGUAAAUAUCAAACUUUGAAUAUUUUUUGCAAUUAGAUAAAAAGUAUUUUUUUUAUUUCAAAUAUUGUUAACGAUGUGCUGAUAUUCCGUGAAACACGACAUCAUGACUGAAUUCUGAUACGAUAUCGAGAAGUGUGGAUGUAAUUGGCGCUUCUGAACUUGCCAGGCGCGUGCAUAAUUUAUUUUUCAAAAUAUUAAAUAAAAAAUCUUGAGGCAAGCUGUAAUAUUUAAGCCCCCUCCAGACUAUGCACGUGAAUCGCUGCGCGACUUCGCGGAGCGAAUAUACCGGGACGUUGACGUAGACUCCACACUCGCACAACUUCACGGCGAUUUCGCAGUUUGGUUCGCGGUAAGAUGGUGCCGAAGCGUCAGCUGAUCGGAUUUAGUUUGCGACAAGGCACUGAUUCAAACUGGGAACUGUCAAAUUGAUUUUUGGUUGAUCAAGUUCACACCCAAUAUAAUCAAGUAGCCGUCAUAGAGUAAAAAUUAACUAUGCUUUUUAGCCAUUUCCGGCAGUAGAAUAAUGCGGCACAUAUAAAAUUGUAGGCGGCAAGUCGCAUAGGAAAUUUAAUUCGAACCAACGCUAGCACGCAAGCUGUCAGUCUAGCUCUGGCUAAUAUCCGAAUUCCGAACGCUCCCUUAUAGUAUGUAUCUGUCAUAUUUGCUAUGAGAAUGCGAGGCAACAACUAAAUAAUUAUCGAAAUCUUGGGUUAAAUUGAGAUAAAAUAUCUACCGGUUUAAUACAAUUGUUAGAUAAAGUAAUUUAAUAGUGUUUUUUGAAUAAUUAUGUAAUAACUAAUAGUUACUUCGAUCGGGAUAUACUGUAUUAAUAAAUUUAUGAAUUUAUUGAUGUAUUUUUUAAUAUCACUUUAGUGAUUCGCGAACUUGAUUAUUACUGUUUACGCAAUGGAGUACGACAAUGACGAGAAUACUUGGCGGCGACCCUCCGCCCAGAAGGUGGACCGGCCGAAGUGCAAUCAGAUCCCGAAGCGGUCGACCACGGUGGCCGUGGUGGUGUUAGGGCUGGCCGUUAUGAGCUGCCUGCUCGGCUACUGCGUGCUCAGCGAGACGCUGCCCUACGAGUCGAGGACUUUACGACUUGUCAUUAUUUUUUUUCGCCAUGGAGCUAGGACCCCAAAUACAAGUUAUAAGACUGAUCCUUUCAAAGCAUACCAAUGGCCAGAAGGCUUGGGAGGUCUGACCAAUACUGGGAAACUUCAAUUGUAUGAGUUGGGAAAGAAAUACCGCAGUUAUUAUGCAAAUUUUAUUGAUGAAGAAUACUAUGAAAAGGAUGUGCAAGUGCGAAGCAGUGACAAGUCUAGAUGUCUGAUGAGUGCUGCUACAUUCCUGGCCGGCCUGUACCCUCCUGCAGAGCGACAAAUCUGGAACCCUGAGUUGCUGUGGCAACCUAUUCCCAUUCACUCAUUACCGAGGCACUUAGAUAAUAUUGUUGCCAGUACUAAACCGUGCAAAGUUUGGAAAGCUAUGUAUGAAGAAUUACUUGAAAAAUCUAAUAAGGAUGCUAAAUACACUAAACUUUUUGAAUACUUGAGCAAUCACACAUCCCAGGAUAUGCACAGUGUGUUGGAAGUUGAUUUCCUGUAUAGUACGUUCCUGUCGCAGCAAGAGGCUGGGCUCAAGAUUCCUGAGUGGACUAAAAACUAUUUCCCAAAUCAAAUGAGGUCUGCAUUCAUGCACAGUCUGGCCCUGCUGUCCCAUAACCACACUUUACAGAGAUUCAAAGUAGGUCCACUGUUGAGUGAGAUGCGGGAGAACCUAGAGAAGUGCGUGAGCUACAGCGGCGAGGGCCCCGCACCGCGUUCGCUGCUGGUGUACUCGGGACAUGACGUGAAUGUGGUUGCGCUGUGGCGCGCUCUCAACUACACCGAGAACCUCGAGCCCGAGUACGGCGCCAGCCUCGUCUUCGAACUGCAUGAGGAAGUUGAUCAGGGCUUCUUUGUCAAGGUGUUUUAUCGCAACAAUACGAAGAUAGAAGUACCAAUGGAGUUAAAACUGUCAUUCUGCGAGGACCCGUGCCACUACACCGACUUCCUGCAGUACAUCGACACGCUCAUCCCCGAGGACUGGGAGGCCGAAUGCCAGAACACCCCGCACUGAACGACCCAUCCCUCGACUGCCGCGUGAGACUGCCUCUGGGUGAAUAUUCUGCGAUUAUAACGCCGUUUUUGUCAUGGUCGUCUCAGCGAGUAUUGUUAGAUGAGAUGAUGCUCAGAGUUAACUUUUAUAUGUAAACAUAACAUGUUUUAUGUUCUAUGUCUUAUGUCUACACACUUUUUUGACCGGAGGGCAAUCGCCGAGCCUCGGGCUUUGGCAGCCGAUUAUAUGGAAUUUAUUGUCUUGUUUCGCGGGCUGAAUUGGCAGGAUUGGAGGAUUGGUUCAAGAGAAUCAGUGACAACCAAAACUCAGUAAUUACUAUCCCAAAUUCAGAGCCAUUGUAAGACUUGAUAUAAAAAACGGUUGGUUUUUGCUUAUUUAUUUUUAUUUUAUGUAAUUAGUUAGUUUUGGUUGUCUAUAUUGUAAUACCCACUUUUACAGACGUUACUAUUACUAGUGCUAGGUACAUACUACCUAGUAACAAAGUAGAGAAUCUCGUGUUAAUGAUAUUUGUUAAUUGAAAUGUUGAAAAUCAAAUGAAGAUGUUGUAACAGGUACUAUCUAACUGCACCGACUUUUUAUGUGACAUACUUGUUGUUAAACGCUCAUACAAUCCGAAUAUAAGAAUAAUUGUAGAAACUGUGCACCAUCAAUUCCCAAGCUGAGAAAAUACAAAAAUGUGCUUUAAAUUAUACUAAGCGAAUAAAGGAUUAAUUCCUCUAGGAAUACCUAACCUAUUUACCUAAACACGACAGAUGCCUUAAGAAUUCGCUAUUGUGCCACUCUACAAGUUAAUGUUGCAAUUUCAAUUUUUUAUUCAUAAAAUAUUCAUUUUACACGUCAAAUUUGUAACAAACAACAUACAUAGGUGCAUAUUUAUAUUAUUAAGUCAAUAAGUAUGGUGUAGGUACAUUUUGUUCUCAAUCCUUCAGAUUACACUAUUAUUAAUUUUUAUACGAUAGAUUUCUUAUUACCUGAUUACAUGUCCAUUUAUUAUUUAUUCCUUGAGUACUACCAAAAAACUCAUCAAUCUUGUACAAAGCGUCAAUUUCAAGUUUUGCUUUUAUUUGACGUACAAAAGAAUUAUAGCUUGAAGCCUGCUUAAUUGCUGGAGGGAUUGCAUUGUAAACCUUAGUACCAAUGUAGUUAGGAUAUUUUUUUUGCUCUGAGUCGUGUGUGCGGCAAGCUCAGCUCAUGUCGCCGUCGGGUAAUGGAACCGUGCGUACGGAAGAGAUGAACGUGUUUUCUGACGUACUUAGACUGUUCUAGGAUAUAAAGACUGGGUACAAUUAAGAUUUUGUGAUUUCUGAACAGGUCUUUUGCAGGAUGAUCACAACUCACACUUGCGAUAAUGCGCACUGCUUUUUUUUGGAGCCUGGAUACUCGCUCGCGUUCCGCAGCCGAGCCCCAAAGGUCAAUUCUAUAUAUUAAAAUAGAGUUAAAAUAACCGUAAUAGGCCUUUUUUACGUUAGUAGAACUGAGGCACGGGCGCAGUCUGCUAAGAGCAAAGCAAGCAGAGGACAGUCGUUGACAUAUGGUGUCAAUAUGGGAUGCCCAUUUCAAUCCAGCAUUAAUGGUUAGCCCCAGAUAAUUUACCUGGUCAACUUGAGGUACAGGUUGUCCAUUGCACAUAAUAUUUAAUGUGAAAUCACUUGAGCAACGCAAACUAAAGCGAAUGAUGUGUGUUUUCUCCACAUUUAGUACCAAGCCAUUAGCAGAAAACCAGGAUGAUAUUUGAUCCAUUACUUCUAGUAGUUUCGCUUUUAAUACAGUGUACGUCUCAGCCGCGACAAUGACGCACCCAUCAUCAGCAAAUAGAACAACUAACACCAGAUCUGAGGCUGAGGUAAAGUCAUUCAAGAGCAAAAUGAACAGGUUGUUUCCCAUUAUAGAUCCUUGAGGGACCGCGCAGGGGCCUAGUUCUAGUAGGUCAGAUUUUGCUCCAUGUACCGACGUGAGUUGUUUGCGCGUCUCAAGGAAUGCUUCGAUUACUCGGUGAAAGUUACCAGUGAUGCCGUAGUGGUAAAGCUUUUUCGUUGCAAGAAUUUAAAUGCAGCAUACUUAAUAAUAAUAACUGAGACGAGUAAAUAACUAGAAAGACAGAAGUGGCCUCCAUUAGAGCCCUCCCUAGAGGAAAUAUAGUUCAGAACCGCUACCCACACUUGUAUGUGGUGCAAUAUGCAGUAUUCGCCACGAGGCGAAAGUCAUUUUGAUGACUUAAUUAAGCUAAAGUAUCCUGCGCCGCUGUCUCCUGGUAGUUUUAGUAAAACCCAGGCGUGUCUUAUCUCCGCCAAACGGAGUCCAUUCCAUCUGACUCCUACUUUCCGAAAUGUAUCCCUUCCGAUAACCGACCAUCUUGAGCUUCUCGGAAUCUCGCUGACUUCGAAACUCAACUUCGGCCCGCACAUCGAGUCGAAAGCACAGUUAGCAGCAAAAAAGCUGGGCAUCCUCAACAAGGUGAGGCAGUAUUUUACACCUAGGCAACUGCUCGACCUUUACCUAGCACAAGUGCGAUCGUGUGUGAAAUACUGUUCGCAUCUGUGGGAUGGUUCAGCAAAAUACCAGCUUGAGGCGCUCGAGUCAGUUGAGAGGAGAGCCAAGAGAAUCAUUAAUGAUGACGAUCUGACGAAUGCUCGGCUCCAAAGUCUGGAGCAUCGUCGCAAGGUUGCCAGCCUAACGAUCUUUUACAGGAUACAUUUUGGAGAGUGUGCCGAGGAACUGCACAACCUUAUUCCUCCGUCCCCAUUUCACCAUCGGACUACCAGACAAUCGGCACUCCGGCAUCGCUUCAUGGCAGGUAUUCCACAAAUACGCACGAAGCGUUACGCUUCAACAUUUCUUAUGCGAACUGCCAAGGAGUGGAAUGCCCUGCCCGAGUCUGUGUUUCCGCAUGAGUACAAUCUGGGUCUCUUCAAGGCUAGAGUAAAUAGGUAUCUCAUAGGUAAGCGUGCUCCACCGUAGACCGCAUCAUCACUUACCAUCAGGUGAGAUCGUGGUCAAACGCUUGCCUAUCGUUAUAAAAAAAAAAAAAAAAAAUAGUUUUGGGGUCCAAUACCAUGCCCAAAAACAUACUAAAAAAUCCCAAUCCCAAAGCAUUUCGGGCCAUGCUCAGUGUACGGUUCCGUAUUAGUUACGUAACUUCGUAGCUUCUAUUGCGUAGCUAGACGGGGGCUAUUAGUAAGUACCAUAUACAUUACAAGCAUAUUAAGGGACUACCUUUGCAGCGCUUUAUACUUCUUUUUACUAAGAAGAGAAGACUCCUUGCAAUAACUCAAAAACGGCUGGACCGAUCAUGUUCCGUAUAGUUUUCAUUGAAAGUAUUUAUUAAGCUUUUAUUUUACGAUUUUUUUAUUUAUUUUGGAGCGAUUAUAUCCGAAAAUAUUCACUUGAUCUAAACAAAAAGUUGUUGGAGACCCGUAUUCGUUUUGAAAGACCUAUCCAAAGAUACCCCACACAGUUUAAGCGAAAAUUAAAAAUAUAUAUAUAACAUUUUGUGAGGUAUAAAUACCCUAAAAAUGUUUUUUUUUGUAGUUUUUAUGUUACUGUUCUGUCGGUAUGCAUGACUCAAAUUCCAUCCAAAUUUAAAGCCAAAUAGCAGAUUUCUAGCACUAACGAUCACGGAGCAAAGCCGCGUACGGGCAGACGGACGGACAUGGCGAAACUAUAAGUGUUCCUUGUUGUCUAGGGAACCCUAAAAAUGGAAUACUUCCCGAUUCGCCGGAUUCCUGUUUCGUCGGAUUCUUGUUUCGCCGGAUUCUUGUUUCGUCGGAAAUAUUAAUAUACAAUAAAAUCACCCAGGCAAAGGAAACAUGCAGGUUUUAACCGUGGUACAGUCAGCAUCAAAAGUAGUGGAUCAAACAAUGCUUCAAAAGUGUCUACCAUUCUGUAACAGCUUAACAAAAAGUUAUAGUUCUAUAUGUAGAACAAUUUAGACUGUAAAAGAUAUAAUUUUGGGUGUGAAUUUUAGAGAUUUAUCUACAUUUAGAAAAGUUAUCCCGAAUAUCAGAUACUUUUGGUGCAUUGUUUCAUCCGCUACUUUUGAUGCUGACUGUGCCACGGCUUUUGUACCACGGGGGACCACGGGUAAUUUUUUUCCCCGUAUUUUCCCCGUAGACCCCCACUGCUCCAGUUUUAAGUUUCAAUCGGACAUGCCCUUGAAAAGUUAAGAUAAGUUUUUAUUUUGGUGCUUUGUUUUACUAAAGCUAAUAAAAAAUGUAAACAAUUAAAGCCAUUUUAGUUCAUACAAAGUUUUAUUUAAGUCUCAGACAUUUUGGACACAAUUCACUAACAAUUGGACCGAAGUGUUUAUGGAAUGUAUUGCGUUUCUAAAAAUAAGAAGCACAGCAGCAAGAUAUUGUUAUAAGAAAAAUGCAGCUACAUUGCCCCGAUGAUACACAGUUGCGUCGAAUUAAUAUGACAAAAUAUCGACAAGAAAGGGGCAUAGUUGAUGACUACGUCGAAGGAAGAAUAACAGUCAUAAAAUGUUUAAACAGGUUAUGCCAAUUAUAUUAAUUAAGUUACCUAAUUACGUAAUAAUUAAUUAAAUGAAUAACAAAUAAAUAUUUUUAUUAAUGUAACGAAGUGUCUGCCUUUUAUUUAAUAGAUAGGUAAAGCCGCGAUAUUUCUAUAGUAUUUCUUAAUCAAAAAAAUGUGGCGAAUCAAGAAUCCGACAAAACAAGAAUCCGGCGAAACAAGAAUCCGGCGAAUCAGGAAGUAUUCUAAAAAUGGUAGCAGGUAUCGGCUCUACAAAUCAAUCUCUGUUACCGUUUCCCAUAAGGCAUAAUACUACAUACAAAGCUUUGUUUCUCAACAUUAUUAAUUAUUUUAGUUGGCGUAACACUUAUAUUUCAACGCUAUAUAUUUAAAAUCUCAGUGAGCUCAUUAAUAGAUGGCGUUAUCAGAAGCGCAACAUACUUAGUCAGCUCACAAGUUCUGUCACAAAGGUAUUGACUGAUAAAAAAUAAGAAACUUUUAAUAAAAAAGUUAGCCUUGAUUUGAAAGCUUGUUUUAUACUGAUCAAAACGUAAUAUAAUUAGUUUAAAAGGGUCUAGCAGGCUAAGCGAACAAGAAGUGCCCCCAACGACGGAUUUUGUCGAUAUUUAUGGUAGUGUACUGUUAGGUCCUAAGGACCCUCCAUGCUUAACAUCAGACCUCGAUUCUCUUUUGUUUGCGAGUUAUUCAGGAUAACGUAAAAUAAUUAGGGUAUCAUUGAAAGUGUCAUAUUUUAUAAACGAUUCAAGUUACGUGAACCAAACAAAAUUAUAUUUGAUAACAAUAAAAAAAACUACAAAAUGCAUAUUUUUUACCAGCAUCCUGUCCUUAAACUUCAUUGCAAAAAAUAAAAAUAUUUUUUUCCUUCCAAUUUUUUUUUACUUUUCGCGGAGGUACAGUCGCCAUCAGAUAUAUGGUAGCGGCCAAGGUACUCAAAUAUUUCGGAGCAGCAUUAAAUUUCAAUAUAUUAGUUACGAUAGAUAAGGUCUAUAAUAUCGGACCAUAUAAUUCGCCGUAAAUUUGGGAGCAGCGACUUUUCAAUUAAUUCGUGACAUACAAUGAGACAAAGAUAUCGUAACAAACAGAUCGUCAAUGGUAUCUAAGCAGUCAAGGUGAUCAUAAAUAUCGGAACAUUUAUGAAAAAAUAUACUGUAAAUCCGUAUGACAUAGUACAGUCGCCAUCAGAUAUAUCGGAGCGGCCAAGGUGGUCACAAAUAUCUGAACAAAACCUCUAUUGUCAAGGCGAUAAAGUACAUGUUCAGAUAUUUGUCCGCUCCGAUAUAUUUGAUGGCGACUACCUACACAUUUGAAUUCGUUACUACCUAUAUUGACUAAGUUGUCAAUGUCAAGGAUGAUUUUAACGACUAUUAUGGAUGAGCAAGUAAGUUUCUUAGACACAUGAGAUAAUUUCAAGCAGCAUUCUCGAAAACUGUAUAUUGAUAGGUAAGCUAACGACACCAGUGCUCGAUAUUCACGCAAUGAUCGACACUUUCAACCUUAUUUCAUAAGUAAUAGACGUGAACUACUGGUGUCGUUUAUUGGGUAUUAAGUUGUCGAUCAUUGGUAUCACUACCUUAUUCAUAUGAAUAUAAAAACUUAAUAUAAAUAAAAAAACUGAUUUAGUAGAAAAUAUUUUUAUUUUAAGAAUCAAACACGAACAAUAUUUACUUAUACCAUUAAAAUAACCUUUUAAUACGUGCUUCGCUAGCCGUAAACAAAAUAAAACUCUGCUUUUCUUCAGCCUGUGAAAACGUUAGUACUUCGUGUAACUUCCCGGUGGCUCGGCGUUUAAUACAGCUUGCAAUCGUCUUCGCAUUGAGCCGACCAGAUUUUCACACACGUUUCGCCCUCUAAAAGACUCCCAAACGUUAAGAGCGUGGCGUCUUAAAGCAUCUUUGGUGCGACACUGGUUUCCGUCCCACUCUUGCACCAUUUUACCCCAUAGAUUUUCUAUGGGGUUGAGAUCGGGGCUCUUUGCAGGCAUUUUUAUGCGAGUCAGCACAUCUCUGUGGUCAUGAAUCCAUCCCUGAACCAAGCGAGCAUUAUGCACCGAGCUGUUGUCUUGCAUGAAUGUUAUAUGCUCAUUGGGGUAAAAUAUUUGGGCAGUAGGCAAAAACGACUCCUCAAGUAUUUCUUUGUAAUCCACCGCAUUCAUACGACCUGUAAUUUCUACCAGCUCCCCUGGGCCAUCUUUACACAUCCAGCCCCAAAAUCCAAUUGUAAUACGCCCACUCUGGCGGUUAGGCACUACAUUUUGCUCCAGAUAACGCGUAUUGUCUGGUCUCCAUAAAUUCAUUCUGCCAUUAUCUGCUGAACAGAACACCUUUUCGUCCAUAAAAAUGACUUUAUUAAAAUUAUGAUUCAAAUACCUAGCUGCAAAUUGCAACCUGUCCUCUUUGUGGCUAUCAGUUAGUGCCGGUUUCCUUGCUGGCACUCUAUUUUGUAAACCACCCUCUUUUAGACGCCGUCGUAUGGUACUGCUCGAUACUUGGUAUUGGUUUGCAAACUGGGUGGUAUUUAUGAAUCUUUCUUCACGAGCUUGAUUUAUAAUAUCCAUGUCUAGACGCCGUGUCGUAGAACGUGGACGUCCAAAAGAUACAUGAUUCGACAAAGCUCCUUCUUGCUGCCAUCUCUCCAGCCAUCGAUACACGGUGUUUCUCUGAAAUAAAAUUUUAAUUUAUUAAAUCAUUAUCGUAAUAACCUUUGCAUUUAAAUUCUGUAAGUAUGUAUAGUAAACAAUACUUACUGCAACUCCAACUUCAUUAGCUACGUCUGUUAUAGGCAGACCAUCAUUCCGCAAUUGUAUAAUUUUCUUUUUUAUUUCAAUAUCUACGCGAUAGGGUAUCAUGGUCGUGGGCAAAAUUGUUAAAGAUUAAAAUAACAAUUUUCGCAGUCUACUUUCGAUAAAAUAUUACGAGGAUAACAAUUGCAGGAAGUUGUCAACGUCAAGAAUAUAGAAAACCAAGAAAACAUGAAGAAAUCAAAUAUCGAACGCAGUUUGAAGUAGGACUACGCGAGUUAAAAGAGUUCGCACGUGAAAGAUAAUUACCAAGUAGGUUCUAGUACUUGAUCAACAAUUCAAACGUGAUAGAUAUUAGAUACCUAUACUAAUCAUUUUAAGUGCAGUCGCCAUCAGAUAUAUCGGAGCGGCCAAGGUGGUCACAAAUAUCUGAACAACGCUAUUCUCAAGGCGAUAAAGUGCAUGUUCAGAUAUUUUGAGUGCCUUCGCCGCUCCGAUAUAUUUGAUGGCGACUGUACAGUCGCCAUCAGAUACAUCGGAGCGGCCAGGGUACUCAAAAAUAUGCGAACAAGCACUUUAUCGCCUUGACAAUAGAGGCGUAGGGAUGUGACGACCCCAUCGCCCACUGGUUUUCACCAGCGCAAUCAGUCAACGCAGGGCAGCUUGUGGCGAGCUGUUGGAGAGUAGCGAUUCCACGUACCUGAGUGCCCCUGGGGUGCCCUGUCGGAUGGUGGGACAGGUCCCCUGCCUCUGGCUUGCCUUAGCCGGCUGUCCAGAGUGGGGUCGUUAGAGCUUUGUUCUCGAGGGUAGAUGUGGAAACCUACGUGGCGAGUUGGCUAUAUGUUUAAAGUCCAGUGACACCUCUCUACCCCCAGCUCCCGCACCGGUGUUGCCCUUGAGCCAUCUUUGAUGUCGCUUUUUAUGGGGGCCCAUCUUGCGGAGGGCGAGUCACCGUCUGCCGGAAAUAAAAUUGGAUACCGUUUUAUUAGGCAGGCGUCCGGUUCUUCAUCCAAUAGCCCAGUAAUCAGUCCAUACUAUUCACCCAAUAGCCUAGUACAUUUUAGACUCCAUUAACUCUCAAUAGUCCUUACACCAUGGCGGGUGCUGUCGCUUAGUGUACCCCUCUCUUUUCAUUAAAUUGUCAAAAGGGCCUCUGCGCGUUGGCUUCGGCUCCGCAUACGCCUCCCAAAGGUCCGGAACACCAUUGUUCCGUGGUCGGGAAAGACAUACACGAUAAUAAUAAUGUAAAACGUAGCCUAAGAACGAAAAUGAAUAAAGGAAAUAAUAAUGUUAUUUUUAUCCAAAAAAAAGCAAAACUACUUAUAAGGUAGAAUUCAUAAAUCCGCGGACUGAUUUGACAGCUCUUUUCAUACAUUUGACAAUCGCUUUGUAUGCCAGGAGCUGUCAAAUCAGUCCGUGGAAUUAUGGAUUUUAACUUAGACGGGGAGCUGGCCACGUCAGAUAUGACACAAUAAUGAGAGCAACGAAACCCCUCUAGUUAGUUUGCAAUACUAUGCUUAUUUCUAGAUCCGGACAUCUGGCAGCUGUAAAGUGGUGGAGGUAAAAGAAAGCAAAUAUCUUGAAGAAAAUAAAUUCUAGAGUUCUGGUUUUGAUCCAAUAUUAUGAAAAAUUAUGUAAUUAAUUAGAUUAUACAUAUAAUAUCUAAAGGUUUCGAUUGGCGGAAGUAGUGCCAAAUGAUGUAUAAUGUAAUUUUUGGUUACUCGCCUACUGUUCUUGUUUGCGCAAUAAUACACAAUGUUUUUUGUUCUAAUGUUAAAAUAUAGGCCCUGUUCUCUAUAAAUGACACAACUUUAGCAGUUUUUACCUAUUGCGUCAUUACUUUUUUUCAACUUAAAAACUUUGUUGGUCUGUCACUCUGAUCUCCACCCAUUAAAAGCUGCCAGAUGCCCGGAUCUAGCAAUAAGGAUGGUUAUGCAAUCUAACUGGACUGAUUACAAACCUCUCAUUAUUGUGUCACAUCUGACGUGGCCAGCUCUUAGACCAUUACUUACAUCAGAUCUGAACCCAUGACUUUGUGCUUUAACUUUUUCGACGCCAUGUCAAACGCAAAACCUACCACUCAGAUGCCACGACAUCUAAAUGUCAAAAAUGAAGUUAAACUUUAUGCGUGUGCAUGUAGGACUAUUUUGCUCUGUGGUGGGUGACCGAUAUAUCGGUCUUUGGCGUUGGACCUGUGGUGCCGAUAUAUACGUCUUUGGUGUGGAAAAGGUUAAUAGUCAAGGGACUAUCAAUUACGCCAUUAAGCAUCUGACAUCUGACAUAAUUUGACGAAAUUAAGCUACUCAUUCUACGCCCGCCAAUUUUGACAUUGCGUCGAAACAACGAUUUUGUAGGCAUUUAGUUUUGUAAAAAAAAUUGUCUAAUUCGAAAAAGACGGAAACAUAGGUAUUUUGUCACGAUGACAAGUCCACACUCUUUUCGGUGAAUGUCACAACAAACAAUUUCGUUCUAAAUUUAAAGUAUUGAUAACAUAGUAUUAAUGCCUGUCUGAAACCUUAUUUUCAUGGGUCCAAUCUUAACUACUUUAAGUUGUAUUACACAAACUUAAGGUACAUUUUCUAUAAAUGUUCCGAUCUUUAUGAUCACCUUGACUGCUUAGAUACCAUUGACGAUCUGUUUGUUACGAUAUCUUUAUCUUAUUGUAUGUCACGAAUUAAUUGAAAAGUCGCUGCUCCCAAAUUUAUGGCGAAUUAUAUGGUCCGAUAUUAUAGACCUUAUCUAUCGUAACUAAUAUAUUGAAAUUUAAUGCUGCUCCGAAAUAUUUGAGUACCUUGGCCGCUACCAUAUAUCUGAUGGCGACUGUACACCUCCAAAAAAAAUAUGCAUGAGUAGCCACUAAUUCCCACUACAUACACAUAUAAAAAUAUUUGCACAAAUGUUCGUGCUUCAUGUAAAAAAAAAACGAUUCUCCAAUAAGUAGUCACUGGCAUUAUAUGUACAGAUAGAAGUACCAGUGCAGUUUGAAGAUUAUUGUGUAGGUAUACAAACUCUUCUAAUAAACCUAUUUGGAGUGCAUCAACGAUGACGUGUCAGCUUUGAUAACAUCUGACACAUAAUAUUAUCUGCAUUUGUUUUUUGCAUUUUGUAGUGGAAAAUGGAAAACAUUAAAUGCAAGUCUUGUAAAAAACCAUUAAAAAAUAUCCGUGGGAAACAAAAAUGCAUAGAAACAGAGCAAUAGGCUGAUUUAUAUAGCAAAUGCAGUAAUAUGUUAAUUUGCAUAAAUGAUUUAUUGUGUGGUAAGUGUCGACUUUUAGUGUAUAAACAUAAAGCAGUAGGUUGCAGACGAAGAGCCAGCAUCGCCAAUUGUUGUGCAUGUACUCGCAGAAGUUGAUGCUACUAAUUAUUUUACGUUAUCCUGAACAACUCGCAAACAAAAGAGAAUCGAGGUCUGAUGUUAAGCAUGGAGGGUCCUUAGGACCUAACAGUACACUACCAGAAAUAUCGACAAAAUCCGUCGUUGGGGGCACUUCUUGUUCGCUUAGCCUGCUAGACCCUUUAGAUCGCGAUUUUAGUUACUAGGUACUUGUUUAAUUUGGGAUUGUUCUUUAGACGCGAAUACGCGGCUGGAUUAUGAGAAAUUAUACUUCACAAAAGGGAGUAGAAAUAAGUGUCGCAUUAAUAAAAUAAGUACAAUUGUUUAUUUAUAUGAACCUUCUUUAUUAGAACGUUAUUUUAUCACUAGCAUUUAGUUCUCCGACAAGUUUAUACAAGCUAUACCUAUACCCUUCAAACAUGCGGUUCUUUUCAGCAACACAUUUAUUUUUCACUGCCAUCCAACCAGUAGGUUUGGUAAAAUAUGGACAGUUGCAGUUUUGGUGCUCCAAUACACAUGAAUUAUAUAUCCAAAGAAAGAUAAAUACCCAGCUUUUGUUUUAAGUAAGAUACAACCAUGUAAAAAAAAAUAGGGAUCAUAAUCACCAUGAACGGACCGCGUAUUUUUUACAUGUUUUUUAUAACUUUUUUUCUUUUUAGGGUUCCGUAGCCAAAUGGCAAAAACGGAACCCUUAUAGAUUCGUCAUAUCCGUCUGUCUGUCCGAUUAUGUCACAGCCACUUUUUUCCGAAACUAUAAGAGCUAUACUGUUCAAACUUAGUAAGUGGAUGUAUUCUAUGAACCGCAUUAAGAUGUUCACACAAAAAUAGAAAAAAACAAUAAAUUUUGGGGGUUUGGGAAACUCAAAAAAUCUUUUUUCAUCAAACCCAUACGUGUGGGGUAUCUAUGGAUAGGUCUUCAAAAAUGAUAUUGAGUUUUCUAAUAUAAUUUUUUUCCAAAAAUGAAUAGUUUGCGCGAGAGACACUUCCAAAGUGGUAAAAUGUGUGUCCAAAGUGGUAAAAUGUUGAACAAGAUCUAGUAAGUAGUUUUUUUUUAAUACGUCUUAAAUGGUACGGAACCCUUCAUGCGCGAGUCCGACUCGCACUUGGCCGCUUUUUUAAUAUAGAAUUAUGUUUAAACUAAGACAGCAAAUUACGUUAAAUUAUAUUGUAAAUAAUUCAACUUUAAAUAAGCUUUCAACCCAUAUAUAUGAAUAAUACCUACCUACCUAUAACUUUUUAUCAGUGAAAAUCUUUGUGACAGAACUUAUGACCUGACUUAGUACAAUAGGUUUAGGUGCAUGGGAACUAGCAUAGAGAAAUAAAUAAUAAGUUGUAUGGGAGGUAUGGUAACCCUGUUUAAAAGUUAAUACUUAUUAAUCUUAAAUCUUAUUACAGAUAAGUUUUAGUAAAGCUUGCUUGAUAGUUAUUAAAAAUUUGUUUCUACCGAUGUAUGGAGCUAGACUGUAAGCUUUAUUUCUGUUUGGAACUAGUAGCCGUUGGUAGACCUUGUUGUGUAAUUGUGUGGACGACGAGCGUUAUUUUACUUUGAAUAUUAUGAAUUCACUUUGGUUAUACCUACCUUAUAUAAGUGUUAUACUAAUAAUUAUAACAAAUUGUGCCAAGAGGCAACUCUGUUAACAUAAGAUUACUCUUAGAGACUCACUUUUAUAUAGAAAAGGGCAUUUAUUAUGAUAUGCUGACUUAUAGACAUGCCUAAAUUUAUUAUUUGAAACUUUGCAAUUUCGUAUUGUAUUAAAAUUGGUACAGUCACCGUCAAAUACUUUGUAGCAACCAAAGUGGCCAAAUAGUUCGGUACACCAUAUAUUUAGUAUGGUGUACCGAACUAUUUGGCCACUUUGACUGCUACGAAGUAUUUGACGCUGACUGUACCUAAUAAUCUCAAUAGAAAAUUAAUAGGUGUCAUACAAUCAGCUGACUGUAUACUUACCCAUACCCUGGGCCUGCCAUAAAUUGCGUAAGUCAUUUCGUAAAGUGGUUAAAGGAGAUGUGAGAUGUGCCAUGGAUUGCGGAACGGUAGCGAUCCAAAGACGUAGAACAGUAAUAUUUUUGGUCAUGUCCUCCCUCCUAAAGCUUGUUUGACUGCUACCGCUCUUCAAUCUACCAACGGAGAGCGACAUUCAUGAGGCUUUAUUCAUUAAUUUCAAUCAAUCAAAUUUCAUGAUACACACGAGUGUGGUGUGACGUCAAGUAAAGCGCUGCCGCUGGCAAUCAAAUAACCCAUUAUAAAAUGGAUUUAGCAAGUUUGGCAACUCUUAGUUAACGAAUUUAUAAUCAGUAAGUAAACACGUUCGUACGCGUUCACUUAAGAACCAGGUAGCUGGAAGACCAGUUAAAGAAGAAGCGAUGGGUUAUUCAGGGUAAUCUCUCAUUUCCAAUAUUCCAUCGUUAAUGCAAACAGCAAACAGAUCUAGUUAAAUAGUAGGCAAGUAACCAUUCUAACGUGUUAAAGAACAGUCAGAAAUUUGCACAUGAAACGUGUUAUUAUGACUUAUAAACACGUUUCAUGUGCAAAUUUCCGACUAUCAAUAUGAUUUUUUAAAAUUGUUGCUUCUAUUAUAUGUGGAUAAAUUAUUGACCUUAUAAAGUUGUAGUACCUACUUAAAUUAAUAUGGCGCGUACAUUCGAACAUGGCAGCAUCCUUUCUUAUUUAGGUAGUUAUAUCAUAGUUUUUCAUUAUACUGCAUAUUACUUGUUAUUACUACACCUAGUCGCGAAUUGGUUCCUCUUGUAAGCGAAACUAUUUGUCUUCGUAGUGUUAUACUCUUGUUAGCAUCUCCAGCCAUCGUCUUUGGUCAAAUAUUUGUAUUGAUAUACCUAGUUAGUAAAUAACAGCCAAUCUUAGGCUACAUUGUUGUUUUUGUAUUGUGAUUGUUAUAAAUAUAUAUUUAUAUUUUAUGUGGA